GACCAAGUCAAGCUACCGCCAAAAGCGCACACCGUUGAUUUCUCCCUGCCCUGGACUGAGUAUUCCAUGGGGUCACCACCAUACCACAGGACACCCCAGCAGCUCACAAAUGUUUACAGCCACCCACUCACUCUCUCCUCCUCCUGCUUAUCUAUUUUAUUAUCCUUUUAUUUAUCUGUUUGCGAACUUUUUUCACCAUUAUUAUCACUAAUUACAUUAAUUAAUCACACUCAAAGUCAAAGCCAGCAAAGCCUAAUCAGGCUUCAAUUAAUACACUUUGAAAAGCUCUUGUGCUUUUUGGGUCUGGAUUCCGUUUUCAGAUGUUACCUGCAGACUAGAAGAAGAUCCAGAGCAAACCCCAUGUGCGCACACCACCUGUUCGGUCAAAUGUCUCAGUGAAGCAAACCCGCUGGGGGGGGGGGGGGGAGAGAGAGAGAGAGAGAGAGACAGACAGAAGAAAUUCCAAAGUUUGGAUUUUUAAACCCAUAAAACAAUUGUAUGGUUUGCAGAGCUUUCACACACAUCAUUACAGCUAAUCACAAUCAUUGGCAUUGGCAUUCUGCCUGAGAGCCCCCCCAAGUCUCUAUAAAUAUCAACCACUCUGUCUUCUCAGUCUUGCAGUUGUUUUUUUUAGUCUUUUAGGUAAUUCUUUGCAGACCCAGAUAAAUACUGGGAUCUGGCCACCCAAAAGCUACCCCACUUAGGUCUUCCCCGAAACCCUCCAACCCAUUAUUGCUUUGGGAUUUGUGCUUCUGGGGUUUCAUUGCAAUUGAUCUAUUCUUUCUGCUUACAUUGAUUGAAUCUUUAUGUUUUAGUGUUUUGUUGCCUUUCUUUGUCAUUGUUUGACUGAUUUGCUUAAUGGGUGGCCACUCUCCAUUUGCUUUUCCUUGCAUUUUGCUUCUUUUCUUGGGGGGUUGUUUUGCUUCUGUUCAAGAUCAAGUGAGGGAUAGAAUCACACAAUUGCCAGGACAGCCAACUGUGGGGUUUGCUCAGUACUCUGGUUAUGUAACUGUCAAUAGGAAAGCCGGUAGAGCAUUGUUUUACUGGUUGACUGAAUCCCCUGCAAAUCGUCGGCCCGAGUCUAGACCACUAAUGUUGUGGCUUAAUGGUGGCCCUGGUUGCUCUUCUGUUGCUUAUGGAGCAGCUGAAGAGAUUGGACCAUUUCAUAUUAGACCUGAUGGAAAGACCCUUUACUUGAAUCCCUAUGCUUGGAACAACUUGGCAAAUUUGCUAUUCCUUGAAUCACCAGCUGGUGUCGGCUUUUCAUAUACGAAUACGAGCUCAGAUUUGUAUACAGCCGGAGACCAGAGAACAGCUGAAGAUGCGUAUGCAUUUCUAGUCAAUUGGUUCGAAAGGUUCCCACAGUACAAGCACAGAGAUUUCUACAUUGCUGGAGAAAGUUAUGCAGGUCAUUAUGUUCCUCAGUUGUCUCAAAUCAUUUAUGAGAGAAAUAAGGGAAAGAAGAACCCAAUUAUUAAUUUCAAGGGAUUUAUGGUGGGAAAUGCUGUGACUGAUGAUUAUCAUGAUUAUGUUGGCACAUUUGAAUACUGGUGGAACCAUGGUUUAAUUUCUGAUUCUACCUAUCGAUCGCUACGUGUAACCUGUGACUCUGGAUCCUCUCAGCAUCCGUCAGUGGACUGCAUGAGGGCGCUUGAACUAGCAGAAAUGGAGCAGGGAAACAUCGAUCCAUACAGCAUUUAUACUCGUCCUUGCAAUAGCACUGCAUCCCUAAAGCGUAAUUUGAGGGGUCAUUAUCCAUGGAUGUCCAGAGCAUAUGAUCCCUGCACUGAGAGGUAUUCUGAAGUUUAUUUCAACCGUCCAGACGUUCAAAAGGCACUCCAUGCCAAUGUAACUAAAGUUUCUUAUCCAUGGCAAACAUGCAGUGAUAUUGUUGGAAACUACUGGGCCGAUUCUCCUCUGUCCAUGCUUCCGAUUUACAAGGAGCUCAUAGCUGCUGGUCUUAAGAUAUGGGUAUUCAGUGGAGACACUGAUUCAGUGGUUCCUGUGACUGCUACUCGUUACUCCAUAGAUGCUCUGAAGCUACCAACCAUUACCAACUGGUUUCCAUGGAACGACAAUGGCAAGGUUGGCGGCCGGAGCCAAAUAUACAAGGGUCUGACAUUUGUCACUGUGACCGGAGCUGGGCACGAGGUUCCACUCCAUCGACCUCGCCUAGCUUUCAUUCUUUUCCGAUCAUUCUUGGAGAGCAAGCCAAUGCCAAGUUAGAUCGAUUCGAUCUUAUUCACAUAUUCUUGAUGGAUAAGCACACAAACACCUGGAAUUGCAGCAAUUGUUCAUACCCAGGACCCUAGAAAACACAAAAUAAAAGCAGCAUUCAUCUCGAGUGCCCCUCCAUUCUUGCUCCGAGUAGCGACAUUUAAUAGUCCGUUUUACCGACAAGUACGAACAGUUAAGAGUAAACAUUGGAAUUGUUCUAUACGUUUUGUAUUACAGAUAUAUAUUCUUUAUAUUGGUAUUUGAUUUAGUGGGAUUGCAGAAUUGAUUUUUGUAUGAAAAGGAUGAUGUUUCUUUGAGUUCAAAGCAAUGCCCAAAGUUAACGGCGGAAUUAGAUGCUUGGUUUCUUCGGAUCCAAGAAAUAAUGCAUAUUAUUUUGGAGGGUUCAGAUUACAUCAGUUAAACCCGCAGUGGCCAUGUUAGACAA